GGCGGGCACAGAUUCAGGCAGCGCGAUGGGACAUUGGUUGGUUUGGUGUCUGUACCUUUGGGCCGCUCGGCCCUUCCUGGUCUCUGCUGUGUGUCCUCCGGAGCCGGGCUGGAGGCUGCCGUGUGGCCUGGCCACUAUCAACAGCACUGAGUGCAUCAAGCAGGGCUGCUGCUUUCAGUCCCCGAGUCUCAGUGGGCAAUCCUGUUUCUACAACCUGAGAGACAGCCCAGUGUGCACAGCAGAUGGUCAGUUCAUUGUAGCAAUCACCAGGAACCUGACCCAUCCUGCCCUCAACCUGUCCUCUCUGUACGUGAAAGAUGGACAUGAAGCUGAGUGCAGGCCUAAGCUCAUCACAGCGGAACUUGUAGCCUUUCGCUUCCCAAUUACCUCUUGUGGAUCAACGCAGUGGACGGGCCAGCUCCCUAUUAAACAGUGUCUUCCCUUGCAGGAGGAGAAUGGGAGCUUUGUGUAUGAAACGGAUGUCUUGGGGAAGAGGAUGAUUCAGACAGGGCCACUGGGCUCAAUAACCCGGGACAGCACCUUCAGCCUGCACAUCCGGUGCAAGUACAAGGGGGAGCAUGAGGCAGGCUUACAAAUCAAUGUCUCAGUUUACACCCUCCCUCCACCACUAGCUGCUUCUGAAGAUGGGAUCCUGAGGCUGGAGCUGCGAAUAGCAACAGAUGGCAGCUACAGCUGGUGGUACAGGGACAGUGACUACCCCAUUCAGAGAAUCCUUCAGGAGUCGGUGUUUGUUGAGGUUCAUGUGAAGGAUCGCACUGACCCAAUGAUAGUCCUGAGAUUGCGUGACUGCUGGGCAACCCCUGUACCAGCCCCUGACCAUGAGGUGCAGUGGAGUCUCCUGGUGGAUGGGUGUCCCUAUGAAGGUGAUGACUAUCUGACCCUCCUACACCCAGUAGGUGUCUCUUCUGGCCUGCAGUUCCCAACCCAUCACAAGCGGUUUGAAGUGAAGACGUUUGUUUUCUUGGAUGGAGUGUCUGAGCAGCCCCUCUCUGGACAGGUUUACUUGCACUGCAGUGCUGAGGUUUGCUCUCCCUCUGCUCAGGAUGACUGUACAACCAGAUGUGGUCCAAGUGA